ACUAGCGACAUGCACUACCCUAAACGAUUUGACGUGAUAGUCAUAGGCGGCGGACAUGCAGGCACCGAGGCCGCGCUGGCGGCUGCGCGUAUGGGUUGCGACACUUUACUACUCACCCACAAUAUUGAAACCUUAGGUCAAAUGAGCUGCAACCCCUCCAUAGGGGGCAUAGGUAAAGGGCAUCUGGUAAAAGAGGUAGAUGCUAUGGGCGGAGCCAUGGCACUGGCUGCGGACGCUGCUGGAAUCCAAUUUCGUAUGCUCAAUAGUAGCAAAGGGCCAGCAGUGCGUGCCACCAGGGCACAAGCGGACCGCAUAUUGUAUAAAGCCGCGAUCCGCCAGCGCUUGGAAAACCAAGCUAAUUUAUGGAUAUUCCAACAGGCCGCAGAUGAUUUGAUGUUACAAGGAGAUCAAAUUACUGGUGUGGUGACGCAAGCGGGCAUACGGUUUGAAGCGCCCUGUGUGGUGCUGACAGCAGGCACCUUUUUAGACGGCAAAAUCCAUAUUGGCAUGCAGCACCAUGCAGGCGGACGCGCUGGCGACCCCCCUGCGCAAGCCUUGAGCGCACGUCUUAAAGAGCUACAACUACCCCAAGGCAGACUAAAAACGGGCACGCCCCCCAGGCUGGACGGCCGCACCAUAGACUUUAGCAAAUGCACCCUACAGCCAGGGGACGGCACACCGCAAGCGGUGCAAGCAGGCGGUAGCGCAAAAAUGCCCGUCUUUAGCUUUAUGGGCAAUGCCAACAUGCACCCCGAGCAAAUUCCCUGUUGGAGCACUUACACCAACGAAACUACCCACGAUAUCAUCCGCGCAGCUUUUGACCGCAGCCCCAUGUUUACCGGUAAGAUUGAAGGGGUGGGUCCACGAUACUGCCCUAGCAUAGAAGACAAAAUCAACCGCUUUGCUGACAAAAAUAGCCACCAAAUUUUCUUAGAACCCGAAGGGCUGCACACCCACGAGGUAUACCCCAACGGCAUAUCCACUAGCCUGCCCUUUGAUGUCCAAUACGCCCUGGUUCGCAGCAUGCCCGGGCUAGAAAAUGCCCAUAUUCUACGCCCCGGCUAUGCCAUAGAGUACGACUACUUUGACCCCCGAGCGCUCAAACUAAACUUCGAGACAAAAGCUAUUUCAGGCCUCUUUUUUGCUGGCCAAAUUAAUGGUACUACGGGAUAUGAAGAGGCAGCGGCUCAAGGGCUAUAUGCCGGCAUAAAUGCCGCCUUAAAGAUUAAAGGGCAAGCCCCUUGGGUGCCAGCACGAGACCAAGCCUAUCUUGGCGUACUCAUAGACGAUUUGAUAAGCAAAGGCAGUAUCGUUUGCAAUUGCGCGAAGACAAUGCCGAUAUGCGACUUACCGAAAUCGCCCACCAACUUGGCCUAA